CCACACCUCCCCGACAUGGACGGAGUCACUGAAUUUACUGAAUAUGUCUCAGAGACAGUGGAUGUGCCGUCAUCCUUUGACCUUCUGGAGCCCCCCACCUCUGGAGGUUUUCUGAAGCUGUCCAAACCCUGCUGCUACAUCUUCCCUGGAGGGAGGGGAGACUCGGCUCUGUUUGCCGUCAAUGGAUUCAACAUCCUGGUGGAUGGAGGAUCUGAUCGGAAGUCUUGCUUCUGGAAGCUUGUUCGCCACCUGGACAGGAUCGACUCUGUUCUGCUCACCCAUAUUGGUGCGGACAACCUUCCUGGAAUCAAUGGGUUGUUCCAGAGAAAGAUUGCAGAACAAGAGGAGGAGCAUAACCAAGGAUCUGGCUCUAGCAGCAACGGUGACUGGAUGAAGAACCUAAUCUCUCCUGAGCUUGGGAUCGUGUUUUUUAACGUCCCAGAGAAGCUUCGGAUGCCUGAGUCCACACUGAAAGUGAAACGAAGCAUUGAGGAAGCAUCUCUUACGUUGCAGUACCUCAACAAGCUUGGUAUCACACCAGAACCUCUUCACAGGGUUGUCAGCAACACUAUUGAACCUAUCACACUAUUCCACAAACUUGGUGUGGGAAAGUUAGAUAUGUAUGUCUUAAACCCUGUAAAAGAGAGCAAAGAGAUGCAGUUUCUAAUGCAGAAAUGGGCUGGAAACAGCAAAGCCAAGACAGGCAUUACGAUGCCAAAUGGAAAAGAAGGAGAAAUAUCUGUCCCUUAUUUGACAUCAGUUACCGCUCUCAUUGUUUGGAUUCCUCACCGUCCAACAGAAAAGAUAGUAAGGGUGCUCUUCCCUGGAAAUGCACCGCAGAAUAAAAUCUUUGAGGGCCUUGAGAAACUGAAACACCUGGACUUCCUGCGAUACCCAGUGGCUACCCAAAAAGACAUAUCAUCUGGGGUACCUCCCCCCAUCAUCAAACAGACUAAAAUAAGAUCAAGAACUGACAGCAAAGAGAGUCUCAAAUCUUCACCCAAACCACACUCUAAAACUACAAAGAAAGAACCCAGUGGGCAGGAGGAAGAGUCCAAGAGUGACAUCACUAAAGAGAAUAAAGUAGAAAAGAAAGAAGAGAAGAAACUCAAAAGUGAAAGUCUAAAAGCCACCAAACAACAGAAAAAUAGUGAGGUGGCCCCCGUGGCAGACAAAAAAUCAGACAAAAAGAAAAUAUCCAAGGAAAAAACUGCCAAGCAGGAGAAAGCAUCCAAGAUGGAUGAAAAGAAAGACAAAGAGAAAAAAGAAAUAAAGAAAGAGAAACGUGAAGUAAAGAAAGAUGAAAAUAUUAGAAAAGAAGAGAAAAAAGAAAGUAAAGCCAAGGAGGAUAAAAAGAAGGACCCAAGUAAGCCAGAGCUGAGAAAAAUUACUAAACCUGACCUGAAGCCGCUUACCCCUGAAGUGAGAAAAACUCUGCAUAAGGCUAAGACUCAUGCUAAGCCCAAGGCAGACAAAAAUAAAGCAGUUAAAGAGGAAGCAAAUGAGUCAAAGCCAGUCCCAAAGAACAUCCCUGAAGAGAUUGCAGCAGCAGCUUUGGCUGACAGGUCGAUUGUGUCCUCCCCAGAAGACCUCACUGAGGACUUUGAGGCUCUGAAACAAGAAGAGCUGUCUAAACUUAAGACCCAGCCUAUCCAGAAUGAUGUGAUGUCUGGACAUUCAGUGUACACAGAUACUAAAGUUUCUUCCUUACCUUUCUGUGAUGAGAAAGUCACAUCCCCAUCCACAGAGAUAAAAUCUGCUUCACCAAAAUCGCCUGUCAAACAGGAAGAAUACAACAAAGACAAGGGUGUGUCAGAACAGGUUGCAACCACUGAAAAGAAGGCAGCAAGUGAUGGUUUUGACAAGAAGUAUGAAGAGGAGAAAAUGGAGAAAUAUGACAAAUACCCUGUGAAGGACGACAUAAAAGACAGAUCAAAGAAGAGUGACAGCUCAGAGGAGGAGGGUGAUGUAAUUGAAAAAGCUGAACUCGAAGGAACAGAAGAUGACGAGGUCCUGAAAUAUAAAACAGAGGAGGCGAAAAAGGAAAAACCUGGAAAGGAGUUGGACACCAAGCCAACUGAGCAAAAACCUUUAACAACCCCAGCCCUGUCUGAGCAAGUAGCAGCCACUGCCUCGGAGCAAUUCUCCUACAUCCAAGAUGAGACCAUCCCCGGUUACUCUGAGACUGAACAGACCAUCUCUGAUGAGGAGAUCCAUGACGAAACAGAAGAUAAGAUCCCACAGCUGCGCUAUGAUGUGGGCUCCUAUGACGUCUCUGUCCCUGACGUUCCUGGCACCUUUGACUCCAUGCAUGGUAUAAAAGAGAUGAAGAGCUCCGCUGUUUUUGAUAUUCCAAAUGCUAAACCCAAAGCUUUCAUGGGAGGUCACGAGCCUGAGCUUGCACCUUACCCUGCUAUCAUUGCUGCUCCUCUUGCAGAGGAGGAGCACAUCUCCUCAGCAACAUCCAUCACAGAAUAUGACAAACUGUCGUCCUUUGCCACGUCUGUAGCUGAGGACCAAUCAAUAGCCUCUGUAACAGCACCUCAAACUGAGGAAGCUGGGAGGAACUCUCUCCUGCUUGACACCAUCAACAGUAUCCCCUCACGUGCUGAGGCCAUCCAUGGGAAGGACUAUCUCCACUCAGCAGGAACUAUCUCACCGACCUCCUCUCUGGAGGACGACAAGUGCUUUAAGUCUCCUUCCUCUGAUGAGUACCAGCCCAACAUUCCUGAGAUGGAGGGUGAUGCAAAGAUCAAAUCAGUACACGAAGAAGAAGACGAUGACGAAGAAGAGGACGAGGACCAGACUCCGAACGUUGAGAUCCCUCUGGGCAAACUCCAAGAAGGCUAUGAACAUGCAGCCUCCAUGAUGCUCCAGGAGAAGGAGAAACCUUCUUCCACUUUUUCUUCUCCUCCUCCCUUCUCUGCCAUGCAGUACUCUCCCACACAAGCUGUCAAAGAAAACCAGUCUCUCUUUAGCACAGAGGGAUUGAAGACUGGCGCUGAUAUGAAGCCUGUUUCACCCCCUCCAUCUUUCUCUCCUGGGUUAGAGUCCAACUCCAGGCAGGAGAGUGAGGAAAGAUGUCUAAGUCCAGAUGACAGCACCAUGAAACUGGGCUCACCCACACAGUCGGUGCCUACAAGCAGUGGCUACUCUCCAACAGAAGAGAAACCCUUUAAGCCAGAAGACAAAGAUGAGGCGGUGAAUGAUGUUAAAGUCGACUAUCAGAAAACAGAUAAAUCAGUCACCAUGUCAGACAAUACCUCCUUUGUUGGUCUUCUAGGUGACAAAACAGCGAUUGAAGUGUCUGAAGAAUCCAAUGAAGAAAACGAGGAAGACGAUGAAGGAGAGGACUGUUACGCCAAAAAGGAUCUACAGCCAACUGUUAAGGCCAAGCUUAUGGAGGCAAAAGAGGGGUGCUUCUUGGAUGAUGACUUCACCUUUGAGGCAAAAUCUGCAAAGAUAGAAACAGAAGUCAAGGGCUCGGACAAGACAGAGGUGUCUUUUUGCACAGAGGAGAAACCAAAACCUCAAGUGAUGUACUCAGACGAAGACGAAGACGAAGAUGAAGAGGAAGAUGAUGAUGGUGUCCCAAGUGGGAUAGGGUCAAAGCCCGUACCAGCAGAUCAAAGCAAAGUAGACUUAAAAAAUGAAAGCACGGAGAAAACAGAUAUCGCUUCUAAAGAGGCUGAGAAAAGUGUUCAUUUCAGUCUCUAUGAUUUUCCAGAGAAGGAGAGCAAAGAAAAGGCUUUGUAUAUAAGACAAGACACACCCUAUGUGCAUGGCAAAACAUUCUCUUACGGUGACAUUUAUGACAGUAAAACAAGCUCAGUGGACUCUGAUUCAUAUCAGCAGGAGUCCUUAGAUAAAAAGGACAUUACAAUGGGUGAAGUGGAUUUCCAGAAACAUGAGCCCCCAUCUCCAGUAACAGCCACGGACAAGAUGUCAGAGAAGGAGGGAUUUAGUGUCUCUUUUGGAAAAGAGUCCUCUGCCUCAUCGUGGCUUGACUCCAAGAGCACUUCUGCUAAACCUCCAUUUGAAAAAGAGGUCGAUGGAAAGGAUACCUUUGAAUACAGCACAGGUAGCCGAUUCCCUUCAGUGGCUGAUAGACCUGAGGCCUCGUCUACUUCUUUAUCAUCUGAAAAAGACUUAUCUUUUAAAAGCCAGACUGACGGCACAAAGCCCCAGACAUACUCCUCAAUGACAGCCUUUGAUGUAGACAAACUUGCUGCCACCGGCUACGGUGAGAAAGGCUCAUGCUUGGAGAUUGAUAUGCGAAAACUAACAGCAAGGGAUGAGGAGGACUAUGAUGACGAUGUUGUUGAUGAAGAUGAGGAGGAGGAGGAAGACGAAGAGGAUGAAGAGGACGACGUUGAAGGUGCUGUUGAUUCUGAUAUGGAGAAGGGCACUAAAGACAAGUCUGAGAAGGAAGUAAAAAGUCCAGUCAGUGAAAUAUUUGGUUCAAAUAAGCCUGAAUUUAUGGUUUCUAUGGCUGGAUAUGGCUAUAACAGUCAGGGGAAGCCAAAUAUGAAAGAAAGCAGCUCUAGCUCACUCACAAAGGCUGAAGACAAAGCUAAAGUUGACUCCUCAUCCCUGGAUUUAGGGGCUACAGGUUUCUCUGUCUACUCCUCAGGGUUUGAGUACUCAUAUGGAAGUGGUGAGACAGAUUCAUUUUUAAGUCAGACCACAGACAAAGGUAACAAGGAUUUCAAUUUGAAACCAACAGAGGACAGUUUUUACCAGAACGACAGAGCUGAUCCUGAUUUUGAGAAACAGAAGACACCAGACCUUCUGAGUAAGAGAUCACUGGAUUCAAGCUUUCAGUACACGACCACAGCUGCCCCCGGGUACUCCUCCUCUUCGGCCUAUAGCUAUUCCUCCUCCACCUCAGGCUCACUCUCCACCAGCCGUCAGUUUGGAGAGGAGCUGGAGACGCCUGCUGAGCCCCUCUUUGAGUACUCCUCCUUUAAAGAUGAACACUCAUUGGUCAUGGAUUCUCCCUACUACGGCUCCGCUGGUGCCAAAGAUGACUAUCUAGAAGUGUCUGAAAAACAGAUCCCCGCUACAACCACGGCUGAGUCCACCUCCAGUUUAGCCCGCUUCUCACCCCUCAGCCCAUUUCAGGAGGUCAAGCCCUUCCCAUCGCUCUCGUCCACUGCUUUUGCUGAGGACAAGAAGGAGCAUACGACUUCAUUAGGUGGAGUUUUGGACAAAGGCCCUCAAUCAGACUGCUUCUAUAAGCCUGAAUGGUCCAAGUUGGACACAGCUGUUGGGUAUGGAGCCACAGCAGGACCGUUCUCUCCAUCCGCAGAGCUCGCCAAGGACAAAGAGGCAGCCAGUGCAGCUCUGUUUGGAGUCACUUCCUCACCUCGCCCAGACACAGAAGGCAAGCAUUACUUUGAAGAGACUGACAGUGAAGAAGAGGAUGAGGAGGCUUAUAUGCGUGAAAUGACUCGGAGGUCGCCUUCCGGCAACCUGGCUGGUAGCCUCUCAUUUUCUGACAAGCCUGUUGCUCCAGUUGCCAGUGAAAAGACUGGUGGUGCACUCCCUGAUGUUCUUGGCUCCUACAUAACCUCACCUCUCCAGGCCAGCAAGCCAGACACAGUCAAUGGCCCCACGGAGGUCAGCUCAAGCUCCAAUCUCCCUGCUGGAGCAGCAGCUAGUGGUGCAUCUUCAGGCCCAACCAAGGUGGAGCCCAGAGAGGGAGCAGCAGGUUACAGGAGUUCUUAUGAGUGGGAGAUGUCAAAGCCCCAGAUGGGGAUGGUGCCCGGAGACUCCCCUCCCCAUUACCGUCAUGAUGAUGAGUUUGAAGAGGAGUGUGAGAUGGAGCCAGAACACCCUGCACGUCCGCUUUCACUCUCUUCAACUGAUCAGCCAUUUCGCUCACCGUUCUACGCUGAAGAGUGCAGCCGAGGAGGGCAGGAUGAUGACGACAGUGAUCAGGAUCUUGCUGGUGAUGUCCCAAUUGGAGCCACCUCCUCUUAUACCAGCCGCACCUCUCCUGGAUAUUCCUCCUCCGAGUGCAGGCAGCGCAAAGAGGACCUCUCACCUUCCUUCAUCAACCCAUGCAUGCGGCAGUUAUCCAGCGACGAGGAUGAUGAGGAGCAAGGGCACAGAAGUGACCAAUCGCAGGGCGAUGAAAACGAUCUGUCGGUAAAGAGAAGGGCUCACAAACAGCCCCAUCAUCACCAGCCUCACAGUAGCUCUCUGCACCAAGCUGGUGGCUUGGCAGCAGGACUGGGUCUGGCCACAGAGGACACACCGCCCACCUCUGUCAGCGAGUCUUUAGCCUCUCAGUCAGACUCUGAUGUACCUCCAGGCACUGAGGAAUACCCCUCAGUCACUGGUGAGGGUAACAUGGACUCAGAUGAGGAUGCGGACUACAUGCCUGUUGAUAAAUUAUCUGCCACAGGAGGAGGCAGCCAUCAUUCUUCUAGGAGAAGUCAUGACCCUCCUCCUGCUCCCCUCAUGGACCCCUACCCACACCCCCCACACCCAGAUGUUUGCAUGGUGGAUCCUGACUCUUUGGAUAAUGGCUCAAUUAAGAAAGAGCCAAAAGCCAAAGGCUUAAAGAAGGCUUCGGGGAAAACCAAAUCAGCAUCCCCAGCCAGACGCAAGAGGUCUCCCAUGCCUGUCAAACAGACACCGUCUCCUCGCAGUGCCUCGCUGAAGAAGAAGGAGGCGGACAAGAGCUCACGUAUGUCUCGUCUGUCUGAUGGACAGGGCUCCAAAGAUGAUGACCUCUCCAGGUCGAGCUACAACCCUGGCAAGGGGUUGACUAACGGUGUCAAGAGCAGUUCAGGUUCUCAGAAGUCCGGCUCUGCAGCUGCUCCUGCCUUACCGAUUUAUGUGGACUUGGCAUACAUUCCCAACCACUGCAGUGCCAAGAACGUGGACCAGGAGUUUUUCAAACGCAUUCGCUCUGCAUACUAUGUGGUGAGCGGGAAUGAUGCAGCAAGUGGUGAACCAAGCCGAGGAGUCCUUGAUGCACUGUUGGAUGGCAAAGCUCAGUGGGGAUCAAACCUACAGGUGACACUGAUCCCCACCCACGACACGGAGGUGACCCGUGACUGGUACCAGCAGACACAUGAGAAGCAGCAGGAGCUCAACAUCAUGGUCCUAGCCUCCAGCAGCACCGUUGUCAUGCAGGACGAGUCUUUCCCCGCCUGCAAGAUCGAGUUUUAAGAUCCUUGUUUACUCUCUCUCCUCCUAGCCUCCCCAGUGUAGAUCUGUUUUUAAUUGCUCUUCUCUAUAGCCUGAUAAAUCUGUCUCUGCUCUGGGCACUUGACCGAAAGCAGAAACAGAUCUGGAUAAUAUCUAUUUUUUUCUAGAGUUUUUAUUCAUUUCUAAGCUUGUUGUGGCUAUCACUAUUUGUAUUUCAAAUGUAGUUUUCUGACAGUUGUCCUCUGCUACGUUAUUAUUACUCAGUCCUGUAAAAGGGAGAAAGCAUUUUUUUUUUCUGUUCCUUAACUCAAAUCUUUCCCAUACCCUGUGAGACAAUGGAGUCUUUGUUUAUUGGCCGAGACAAAAAAAAAGAGUGUCAUAAAGGAAACAAUA